AUGGUUCUCGGCGGUAUCGCCCAAUUCUUCCCCAUCAGCCUGGGCCAUGUUAUCACCGGUGUAUACGUGAUUCUCUUCGGUCUCAUUGUUGCUGGGCUGGAAUUCCUGCCCACCAUCCCUGAUUACGUCUACCGCUAUGCGUCCUUCCUCUUCUCGUUCCUCGGCCGUGGUGUCUUUUACAUCUUUGUUGGAUGUCUCAUUUUGCACGGCCACGUUCUGCAAUACAUUGCCGGUUCUAUCGUCGGUUUCCUUGGUAUUGGCUAUGCCGUGUUGGAAUUUGUUCCGUCCAUCGAGCCCCCAUCAAACAUGCGCGAGGCCGACCAGAGCUGGGGCGCCGAGCAGGUUGUCUAG